AUGGAUGAACCACUGAACGAAACUGAAGCCAUAUUGUUCAACGAUCUCAUACCACUUCCAUUCCGAAUCUUGGGUUUAAUUCAACUAGGUCUUACGCUAUGGUUUUUACUUAAUGUCUUAUUAUUCAAUUUUUCAUUAUUGAACUUACUUCAACUACUCAACUUAUCAUAUAACCCGCAUAAAUAUACCCAGUUGGAUGGCCCACUACCUUGUAAUGGAGAAUAUGCAACUUCGAUUCCUGCUGAUAGACAUGAAAAUAGUCGGUUAAUUAGUGGCAUUUGGAUGAGCUUAAAGGGGAUCACGGUGGUUAAUGUACUUAGUUGGAUUAUAUUUAAAUUGGUACAGUGGUUUAAUAGCGAUUGGAAGGUGGUUUACUAUAGUGUACCCGUACUACUGUUUGCAUAUAUUUUCAAUCGGUUGUUCUAUGCCAAUUCAAUGAGUCCCGGUCAAGUACGAAUUUGGACUACAAUGAAACGAAUUUUACGGGGAGGGAUUAAUUCUCAGUCCAUGAGAAGCAAUGAUAUUUUAAUUAGUGAUUCAUUGGUUUCUUUUGCUAAAGUGAUUAAUGAUUUUGGGUUAUUUAUAUGGAAUUAUUAUAUUGAUGGGUCCAGGGCAUACAAUUAUAAAUUAGAAUUUGUCAUAUUAUGUAUUCCAACUUGUAUCAGGAUAAAGCAAUGUUGGUAUGAAUACAAAACUACAAAACAAGUUCAACAUUUACUAAAUCUUGUCAAAUAUGGUACUGGUUUGGGUCCACUUAUAAUCAAUGUAUUUAUUAAAUCUACAUUGGUGAAUACUAAUGAUGAAGCCAAACAAUCGGGUCAGUUAAUCAAUGAGUUAACAUCACUUAAUAAAUGGUGGUAUGUGUUACUGACGCUAAAUUCAACGUAUUCAUUCAUUUGGGAUAUCAAAAUGGAUUGGAAUUUACAACUAUUCAACAAACUAUUCAAUCCGAAUGCACAAUUUCACGUACUACGUAUCCACAAAGCAUACGCCAAUUUCGUCUAUUUUAUUGCCAUAGUCAUUGACUUUGUUUUACGUUUCAUUUGGGUACUCAAAUUAUUCAUAAUUAAUGAACAACUACACGACUCGGAAAUUAAACUUAUACAUGUGUUUUCUACAUUUCUAUUUGGUUACGAUGCUUAUUCUUUUGGAUAUGUGGUUAUUGAAAUAUUGGAAAUCUUAAGACGUUGGUUGUGGUGUUUUAUUAAGUUAGAAAGUGAUUGGGUUAAAUUGAAAAUUCAGGAACAGGAACAAGUGGGACAAAAGGGUGAAGAUGUUGAAUUGACAGAGGUUGAGAAACGGUAA